AUAAUGGAGAAUGGAAAUCAUUCCAUAGUGACUGAGUUCAUCCUGGCUGGAUUAACAGACAAACCAGAGCUCCAGCUGCCCCUCUUUAUUCUCUUCCUGGGAAUCUAUGUGCUCACAGUCAUGGGGAACCUGGGCAUGAUCACUCUAAUUUCACUCAGCUCUCACCUGCAUACUCCCAUGUAUUAUUUUCUCAGCAAUCUGUCCUUCAUUGACAUGUGUCAUUCCACUGUCAUAACUCUCAAAAUGCUGGUGAACUUUGUGAUGAAGAAGAACAUCAUCUCCUACCCUGAAUGCAUGACUCAGCUCUACUUCUUCUCUGUUUUUGCCAUCUCAGAGUGUCACAUGUUGGCUGCAAUGGCAUAUGACCGCUAUGUUGCCAUCUGUAGUCCCUUGCUCUACAGUGUCAUCAUGUCUCAUCACCUCUGCUUCUGGCUCACAGCCGGAGUUUACAUUUUGGGUAUCAUUGGGUCUACAAUUCACACAGUCUUCAUGUUGAGACUUUUCUUAUGCAAGACUAAUGUGAUAAAUCAUUAUUUCUGUGAUCUCUUUCCACUGUUGGAGCUAUCCUGUUCCAGCAUCUACAUCAAUGAGUUAUUGGUUCUUUUCUUAAGUGCCUUUAACAUUUUGACUCCUGCCUUAACCAUCCUUGGUUCCUACAUCUUCAUCAUAGCCAGCAUCCUGCGCAUUCGCUCCACUGAGGGCAGAGCCAAAGCCUUCAGCACUUGCAGCUCCCACAUCUCUGCUGUUGCUCUCUUCUUUGGAUCUGCUGCAUUCAUGUACCUGCAGCCGUCAGCAGUCAGCUCCAUGGACCAAGGAAAAGUGUCCUCUGUGUUUUAUACAACUGUUGUGCCCGUGCUGAACCCCCUGAUCUAUAGCUUGAGGAAUAAGGAUGUCAAAUCAGCCCUGAAGAAAUGCUGGAUAGAACAGAAAAUCUUUAUUAUGAACAGAAGUAACAGAAGGGUGAUUUAUUCACACUGUCACCAUAUUUUCUGA